UGGAGAUGGAAGAAAUCAUGACUCCAUCCAACUUUUGAUUCGAUUCGAUUCGCAUCGAUCGAUGGGGUAACUACCGCUUAGUCAUCGUCACCGACCAACCACCAAAAUAUACUUAACUUAACUUAACGAAGACAGGAUGAGAUGAGAUGAGAUGAGAUGAGAUGAGAUGAGAUGAGGAUCUUCUUCAAAGCAUACACUUGUACUCGAAGAAAAAAGAAGAGAGAUAUGUCGAACCCCUUAUUAUACGGCCAACCCCGGACAAAAACUACCAAGUCCGACCCCCCCUCCUCUGCAAACCUCGCCUUUACCACCACGCUCUCCUCCCUGAUCGCCUCCAGGGACUCCAACAACGCCACAAGCCACGCGCGCCCUCGACCCUCCAAAGCCCCCAAACCGGACAUCUUUUCACGACAUAACAAGGGCGCCCAGAAACGCGCUGCUGCCGAUCUCCGCGAUGACAAUGACGCCGCCGCCACCACCGCUGUCCGCCAAACCCACCAGCGCUCCGGGGACAUCGGGGCCGUGGACGCCGCCACGCUCUACCGGUCCAAGAGACGCAUGGAGGAGAAGGCUCGCAUGUACGACGACAUGAAGAGCGGGCUCUACUUAGCGGAGGACAGCGACGAAGACGACGACCCAGGACCACAGGCGCAAGACGCGUACCUGGCUCGUCUGCGCCGCAAGGAACGAGAAGGCCUGGUGGAUUUUGAUCGCAAAUGGGCCGAUACCGAGAGAGCCAAGGGAUCUGGGUCCGGGUCCGGGUCUGACGAAGAUGAUGAUGAAGAUGAUGGCAAUGCCUCUAUUAUCUCUUACGAGGAUGAGCUGGGUCGAACGCGUCGAGGGACUCGGAGGGAGGCUGCGCAGGCUGCACGGGCAAAGGCGCAGCAGGACUCCGCGGGGGCAGAGACCAGUGAGCGCUGGCGCCCGGCUCGUCCGGAGAAUCUGAUUUACGGGGCUGCGGUGCAGAGCGAGGCAUUCAAUCCGUCUGCGAAUGUCGCCUCGCAGAUGGAGUACCUGGCCACGCGGAGAGAUCGGUCACCUACGCCGGAGGAAACGCAUUACGAUGCCGAUGCCGAGGUUCGGAAUCGUGGAACAGGAUUCUAUGCCUUUUCAAAGGAUGAGGAUGUUCGCAGACAGCAGAUGGAGGAGCUUAUGAAUGCCCGGGAAGAGACGCAAAAGGAGCGUGAUGCUCGACGCGAGAGGCGCGCGGCGCGGGAGCGGGCAAAGGAGAAUCGGAAGCAAGAGGUUGAUAAACUACGUGCAAAAAGACGCGCAGAAAUGUUCCUAGCUGGACUGGGCGAUGUAGGAGUUUUGGGAUAGCUUGGUAAUUUUUUCGACUGUUCUCCUGGGAGUUGUGGAUUUUGUUAACC